AGCUCUGACGGAAGGCAUUGUUAUUAUCAACAUCAGCAUCAUCAUCAUCAUCAUCAUCAUUGUCGUGGUCGUCGGCUUGAUCAACAUCAUCAUCAUCAUCAAUCCCUGGUUCGUCAACAAACGAAUCGCCGUUGAGGUUAGCGCUCCGGAUCACGUCCUGCCCGUCCACCACCCUUUCUGUCUCGUUGGUGGGUGGGUGUGUAGCACAAUGGUCACAUCUGGCGGCCCGCCUUCGACCUCCGUCUCGUUGGAACAGCCCGCCUCUGGCCCUUAAGUAGUGGCUGGAACGCGUUGGGCAUUGACGAGUGAGUCGAGUCAGCCGUGGUCUGAGCAUGGCCAGUCCCGCCGGCGGAGGAGGCGGCGAACCCACGGGCCCGUCGGUCUUGGCCCAUAAUAACAAUCACCAUCACCCUCAUCCUCAUCAUCGACUCCAUCCGCGUCAUGCGGGAGAUGGGGGUGGGGCGGAAGAUGGCCAGCGCAGUCCAAAUAUGGUCCCGUUAAAAAUGCCCGGACCGCACGCCCAUUUGCCCAUGGCGCCGGGCACGCCCGGUACCCCGGGAUCCAUGCCCGGUCCUAAUCCGGUGCCUCACACACCGACCGGUCCUCCCGGGGGGCCACCCCCGUUAGCCUUUGAAACGGACCUCCCGCCGGAGUUGCUGCACCAAGGUUGGCGAAAAUAUUGGUCCAAGCGCGAGAACCGGCCGUAUUUCUUCAACCGGAACUCGGGCGAAACAUUAUGGGAUUUGCCGCCCUUGGGUCAUGCCCCGCCCGGCCAUCACUCACCCUUGUCGGGCCCUCACUCACCCGGAAUGAGUCCGGGACCUCCGUUUCAAAGGAACUCCGACCCACUUGGCAUCAAUCAAAAUGGCCCGCCCGUUGGCCACGUGCAUGGACCACCGCCUGGGGCCUCGCCUAGUGUACCACCCCAUGGACUGAAACGCCGGCCUUCGGAGGAAAUGGGACCGGCCUCGGCCAAGAAGUUUAUCGUAGCCGGUCCUUGGGACUUAGAGCUUCCGACCAACGUCAUCUUAUUUGAAAAGAAGCCGACCAUGUUGCCUCACCCGCACCCGGAUGUAGAGCUCUUGCGCUUUUCUUACGUCAUGAAACUACGCCAGAGUUUCCAAGAAAUGUGCCAUUCGCGCGAGGGCAUCGACGCCCCUAAGGAGAGUUUUAAUCGAUGGCUGCUUGAACGCAAGGUCAUUGACCAAGGGGCUGAUCCUGUGUUACCUUCGUAUUGUUUUCCGGAGAUCUCAAUGUCCAUGUAUCGCGAGAUCAUGAACGAUAUUCCCAUGAAAUUGGUCAAACCAAAGUUUACAGGCGAAGCGCGGAAACAGCUUUCGAAGUACUGUGAAGCGGCCAAGACGAUGAUGGAAGUUCGGAGUGCCUCUUCCGAAAGCCGAAAAAUUGUCAAAUGGAAUGUAGAAGAUACGUUCAAUUGGUUGCGCCGUACAGUAGGUGCCAACUACGACGACUUUCAGGAGCGUUUGACACAUCUUAAAACUCAGUGCCAGCCCCACAUCACUGAUGCAGCCAAGAAUUCCGUCGAGGGAAUCUGUCGAAAGAUGUAUACUUUAUCGUGUGAUUACGCCCAAAAAGUACAAGAGCGGAGUCAGGAGGUGCUCAAAGAAGCGAACAUUUUAGAGCACAACGCCAAAACCCAAGUUCCACAUCAAAGAAAAGUUUGGUGUUAUCCCAUUCAGUUCGCUUUGCCUUGCCCACGUUUGCCGAUUGUGGAGUUCUUCCAAGAUAAAGAGUUCACUCAACUGCGUUUCAAAGGCGAAGUUAUGAGGCUGAACAUUACCUAUUUUCAAAAGUUGGAACAACUCUAUCGAUAUGGGUGUGCGGAUGAUCGGAAAUUUGAAUUCUUCUUAACGCGUGUUUGGAUGCUUCUGAAGCGUUACAAUGGCUACUUUGGAACUGCACCCGGCGAAGGAGCCCAGAAUCAGGGUGCCUUACCAGUUUCAGUAUUUGAGUGUCUCCAUAGGCAGUUUGGGGUGGCGUUUGAGUGUUUUGGGUCUCCUCUCAAUUGUUAUUUCCGCCAAUAUUGCUCAGCCUUUCCCGACAUUGAUUCGUACUUUGGCUCGAGAGGACCAAUUCUCGAGUUUAAACCUCUUUGUGGAUCAUUUGAGGCUAACCCUCCCUUCUGUGAGGAGUUGAUUGACGCCAUGGUAUCCCAUUUUGAGCGUCUGUUAGAUGAAUCCCACGAGCCUCUAUCUUUCAUUGUGUUCUUGCCGGAAUGGCGAGAGCCCGCUCCAGAGGCAUUGCUCAAGCUAGAGGGAUCAAGGUGGAAAAGGAAACAAGUGGUAGUUCCACCGUUGGAACACGACUACAGACAUGGUUUCCAGCAUACGCUUCCUAAGACCGAUAUUAAUAUUCGUUCUAUCAACGGCACUCUCAUUGUGUGGCUGCAAAACGAUGCAGGAUAUCAAAGGUGGGGUCCUACUGAGGACAGAGUGGAACAGCUCCUGGAAUCCUUCAGACCUGGGCGAGAGCGAGAACGAGAUAAGGCUCAAAUUUUGUCUCCAUCAAGACCUCAAACAGGUCCACAGACUCCCCCCAACUCUGCUCUCACUGGAUCUCCCGCUCAUCCUCAUCACGUCAUUACCCCAACUGGACCAAGUGGAUCAUCAAGUAGUGGAAGUAAUAACCAUGGAAUUGUCGGCGUUGGGAUAGGAGCUAGCGGCAACGGCGGUGAAAAUCAUUACCACGGUCCCAAAGAGGUGAUAAGUGGAAAUAGCCUCAGUAAUAAUGCCCCUGGUAGCUCCAGUUCGAUCAUGAGUUAAUUGAAGUAAAAUGGCAGAAAAAACUGCCCAGUGGCACUCAAAUUCAUGACCUUUCAUUAGGAAGUACAAAAAAUUUAUUCAUGACAAAACUUGAGCAAAGAUAUGACUUAACUUGGCUCUCGUAGCGUAGAGCAGACAAUAGACAUGUGUGCCCGUCUCUCUUUUGGAGAUGUAUGGGUGUGUUUUCUGGAGCUUUUACUCUUCCCUUUGGAAAUAUCAGUCAAUAUCUGUUUCUAGAAAGCAGCUUGUGCUUGAAUAGAGAUACGGAACCACCUACCAACGUUCUGAUGUGUUUUAGAGUAUUUAAAAUUUUAUCGCCCGCUAAAUUAGCAUCGUCCCUCCUUCGGCCCUGUACCUUAUAACAAUAAAAUUUCAACAGACAAAAGCACAUUUUCAAUCUACGCCAAGUAGAAUCCGUUUUAUCCACCACUUUUUACGAGUACUGACGUAUUAUAUGUCUCUUGUAUCCUGAAAUAGGUUAAGAACUCCUUAAAAUCUUUAAUGAUCCAUUAUUCACCACACCACAACCGACAACAUCAACCUCCUCCUCCUCCUUCACCUCCUCCUCAUUGUUACAAUCGUAAUAGCAAUUGCGUUUUGUUUAGAUAUUUUAUCUCUGAAGGUAACUUAAUCUCAUGGACACGUGACACAAAGUAUAUAUUGAAUGAAUAAACAUAGUCACUGAAGCA